UUGGCGUCGUCUGCUCGUGGAUCAACAUUCUAUGAAUGAGUAAUUAAUCUUAGAUUAUCUUGAGUAGUUAGUUUGGGGAAACAAAUAUACAAUUUAGUCAUUCAAUUUGGUUCAGUGGCUUAUUUAUACAUUAAAAGUAGUGUUAUUUACGCAUGUCUUUUACAAGUAGGUACAUAAACGAGAAAUUACACUGUUAGGCCUGACUGAAGAAGGUUGUUUUGAUUUGAAUCCAAGUGUCAGACAUGCCUAUACCAUGCAGUACAAAAUGUGGAAAAAACGCAAUUUUGAAGAGACCAAAAACAGGCGAUGCUAUGUGCAAGGAGUGUUUUUUCUGGGCUUUUGAAACAGAAAUCCAUCAAACAAUCCUUGAGGGAAAACUGUUUCAAAAAGGUCAGACGGUUGCAAUAGCAGCUUCAGGAGGAAAGGAUUCAACAGUUCUGGCUUAUGUAAUGAAGUUGUUAAAUAAAAAACAUGACUAUGGUCUGAGAUUAGUCUUGUUAUCUGUUGAUGAAGGAAUUACGGGUUACAGGGAUGAUAGUUUAGAUACAGUGAAGCAAAAUCGGGAUGAUUAUGAAAUGCCUUUGAAGAUUCUAUCGUAUGAAGAGUUGUAUGGUUGGACCAUGGAUAAAAUUGUUGCACAGAUUGGUAGGAAGAACAAUUGUACAUUCUGUGGUGUGUUCCGUCGGCAAGCGCUGGACCGUGGAGCUGCUUUGCUCGGGGUUGAUGCUGUGGCAACUGGUCACAACGCCGAUGACCUGGCGGAGACGGUGCUCAUGAACAUUCUGAGAGGAGACAUUGCGCGUCUGCAGCGAUGUACAGCCAUCAUUACAGCAAGUGAAGGGGCCAUUCCACGAGUCAAACCUCUGAAAUAUUCCUAUGAAAAAGAGAUAGUAAUGUAUGCCUACUUUAAAAAGUUGGUUUACUUUUCUACAGAGUGUGUUUUUGCGCCUAAUGCGUACAGAGGACAUGCAAGGACAUUUCUUAAAGACUUGGAGAAAAUACGACCAUCAGUCAUUAUGGAUAUAAUACAUUCUGGUGAGAAACUGGCAGUGCGGGAGGGAGUCAAGUUACCAGAUAGAGGAACCUGUACCAGGUGUGGUUUCGUGUCCAGCCAGCCAGUCUGCAAGGCUUGUACUUUGUUGGAGGGUCUCAACAAGGGCAUGCCUAAGUUGGGCAUUGGGAAGACAAGUCAUGCCAAGAGGAUCAUGAAUGCUAAAGGAAGUCAAUCAGAUUUUUGACAUUUUAUCAUUUUAUAAUUUUUUCAUUGAUUUAAUUUGAAAUCCCCAAUUACCUAAAAGUAUAACCUCGUGGUCUAAGAGGUAAAUUUAUUUGUGAACAGAGGAGAUACUGACAAGCAAAGUUAAUUGAGUAAAAUAACUGUAAUCAAGAUUAUUUCUUUUGGAAUCUAAAUCUAAAAAUCAUAAUAUGAAAAGAUUGUUUUUACUAUAUAUUUUUUAACAAUAUCUUGUAGACUUGGUGUUAUUCAUCAGACAGUUAUUAAAUUUUUGUUGAGUGUUUGAAUUAUAUAAAUUUUCACGGAUAACAGUUGGCUAAGCGUUAGUGUAGCCUAUUGCUUGAGGAGCUGGAAAAUUUAAUUUCUUUCUAUGCCUGUCCCCACGAUGUCUCAAAAUCGAACUGACCUGUAGACUUUAAAGUUUGCAUAUAGCUUCAUUUGUAUAUAGGCAACAUUGAGUUUGAUGAUGGCACAUGUCAGCCAUGGGAUUUGGCUGAGGCUGGGAUUUAUCUCUCAUUAUCUCCUCUGUGUCGGUUUUUAUGGUGAAUGAAAUCAAAUAUUACAUUGUAUAUAAUUUUGUAUUAUAUAUUUGUACGAAUAUUAAACAAAUAAAACAGCAACUUUUUACUAAA